GUUUCUUUUAUAUAUGUGACUGCAACACAGCCGUUGCUAGUUUUAUUUGCCGACAUUAAAUUAAAAAAGCAAGGAAUUUGCAAUAAUGGCGGAUCUUCAAAAAUUGACCGAUGCCAUAGUGAAUGAGUAUCUAAAAACAAAAGAUAAAAAUCUAGCUAAAGUAUUUGAGCAAAAAGCAAAUGCGUCGCCGGUUGGAAAGAAUACACCACAGUUGACGCAGAUUCUUGCCUUCUAUCAGAGCAACUCAAAGCAGAAAAUUCCUGAACCCAAACCAGUGGAUUCUGACAGUGAUUCCAGCGAGGACGAGAAACCAGCAAAGAAACCAGUAGCUCAGACAAAUGGCAAUGGCAAAGCAGCCGAUUCCUCUGAUUCCUCUGACGAAGAGCCUCCUAAGAAGGCCACACCUGCAAAGGCAGCACCUGCAAAGGCAGCACCUCCUAUGUCGUCGAGCAGCGAUGAAGAAAGUUCCGAAGACGAGGCGCCCAAGAAGGCCGCUGGUCCUGUAGCCAAGUCGCCAGCCAAAGCAACGCUGGCAAAGAAAGCCGCAUCUAGCAGUGAUGAUUCCUCCGAAGAGGAUAAGCCUGCAAAGAUAGUACCUGCCAAGAAGGCAGCCAAGAGCAGCAGCGAAGACAGUUCCAGCGAGGAGGAGCCUGCAAAGAAGCCAGUGGCCACAAAGCCAGCACCAGCCAAACCGGCACCAGCUAAAAAAGCUGCAAAAAGCAGCAGUGAAGAUAGUUCUAGCGAUGAGGAGCCUGCAAAAAAACCAACCGCAGUUGCCAAGCCAGCACCUAAAAAGGCUGCAAAGAGCAGCAGUGAAGACAGCAGCGAUGAUGAGCCGGCUCAAAAGAAACCAGUUGUGGCCAAGGCGCCUGCAAAGAAGGGAGCUGCUUCCAGCAGCAGCGAAGAUUCAUCUGAUGAUGAGGCAACAGCCAAAAAGCCAGCACCAGCUAAAGCUUCUCCAGCAAAGGCUACACCAGCUAAGAAAGCAGCAGCUUCAAGCAGUGAAGAAUCCUCAGACGAAGAGCCGCCAGCAAAGGCAGCUGCCAAACCUGCAGCUGUGCCAGCCAAGAAACCAGCAGCAAAGGCCGACUCCGAAGACUCUUCUGAGGACAGCGACAGCUCUGAGGAUGAGAAACCUGCCGUAAAGCCAGUUGUGAAGAAAAACGCAGCACCCGCUAAAAAGGACGACUCUGAUUCUUCUUCUUCUGAUGAUUCCGAUGCGAAACCAAAAGCCAAACCAGCUGCCAAGAUUGCGCCCAAGAAGGCAGAAAGCUCCGAUGACUCGUCGUCGGAUGAAGAUGAGCCUGCCAAAAAGAAACCAGUGGUAGCUAAGAAAGAGGAAAGUGGGGACAGCAGCGACAGUGACGAAUCUGGCGAAGUGAAGCCUAAGAAGCAACAAGAGGCUGCUGUGGCCAAUGGCAAGAAGCGCAAGUUCAGCAGUGGCGACGCCGAUGCCGAUGAGACGCCCAGUAAAAAAUAUAACAAUUUUGUCAAGUCCGGCGACAACCAGGAUGGCUUUAAGAAGUUUGAAGGCGGACGCGGUCGUGGUCGUGGAUCGGGCUUUGCUGGUCGUCCAGAUCGCAGCACGUGGGAGAGUAACAAUCAAAAUGGAGAAGGCGGCGAAGGCGAGGAAGGUGGCUUCAAGAAAUCAUUCGAUCGCAAGAGCUUUGGUGGCUUUGACCGCAAGCCUUUUGAUGGUCAGCGAGGUGGACGUGGUGGUUUUGAUCGUGGACGUGGCGGACGCGGUGGCGGCGAUCGUGGUCGCGGAGGACGUGGUGGAUUUGGUGGCAAUGAUCGUGGUCGUGGCGGUUUUGGACGUGGUCGCGGCAAUGGAGAUCGCGGACGUGGUGGACGUGGAGGCGGAGGCGGCUUUGGCAACAAAUCAUUCGAUUCAGCGCCAAAGCAGAAUAAAGAAAAUUACAUUUGAUAACUAAGCUGUAAUUUAGUAGUUUAGACAUAUAGACAGACAGACACCAGAUAUAAGCCGCAAAUGAAAGUCU